UAAUUAAGAGUGUAGAGUAAAUCUGUAUCUGUUUCCAAUGGAAAUAUCAAAGGCAGCAGCAGCAGCUAUUUUCCUGUCUUUCUUGGCCUUGUCGUUCUUGGGCGCAAGCAGCCAAGAUUAUUACGGUCCUCCCAUCCCUCCUCCCACUCCACUCAACCGGACGUGCCCUCCGGCUAGUAGUUGCUCCGAUUUCUGCUAUUCUAAGUAUUCCUAUCCAAGCGGAUUUUGCGAUCACCAAGGCUACUGUGUUUGCUUUGAUUACUACUUGUGCGAUGGUAAUCCGUAUACAGGUAAGACUUUUUGCGACGCAUGGUGUGUGGCAAAUGGUUAUGCCCCUGACACUAGCUUCUGCGAUGAACAAGGCACCUGUCUUUGCAAUUUCUCUCCCCAUGUCCCAAGCCCCAGCCCCAGCCCCAGCCCCAGUCCGUGUGUAUAAGUUGUAAUCCUUCCAAAAAAACAAAAACAAAAAAUAAGGAAAUAAAUCUGUGCUUAGGCCAAUGCUCAUGUUUAUGAAUAUUAAUUUCAUCUGUGUACUCAUCUGCCGCAAACAAUAAGAAGCUCCGAGAGCUUAGUGUCAUCAUUCUGUUGGUUGUACAUGAUUUUAUUAUCCAUAAAUAAAUAACAGGAAUGUUU